AUGAAUCAACCAGUAGAACCGGAAGAGUUUGGAAUAUCAUGUCAAAUCCUGGGAAAAACACAUUUCAUUAUAACCAAACUUCCAUCUAAUAACUUGUUAAUAAAUCAUCUUUUCGCUAUUGCUUUGAAUGGUAUUUUGAUCAUUCCUACGAUAUUACUCAACGCUAUUGCAAUAAUAACGAUAUUAAAAUCUUCUCAACUGAACAGCAAGCCUUGUUAUUAUAUCAUUCUUGUUCAGUCUGUGACUGACUUGGCAGUUGGCGUUUCAGGCAUUCCUAUAUUUCUCGUCUUUUUGGCGAGCGGAAUAGGAAAAUUUUCAAACUGCAUUGUAGCAACUUUAGCGUACAAAUCAACGCUAAUUUCAAUGGAAGUUUCUACUAUUACAUUAUCUGCUAUGACAUUGGAAAGAUAUAUUGCCAUCAUACAUCCCUAUGCUUACACUACUAAAGUGACAAAGAAGAGGCUAUUGAUAUAUGUAAGUUCAAAUACUGCGGUGGCAUUUUCUGUUAUCAUUCUAUCUUUUGCAAUUCAUGAACUGAUGGUAUAUUAUGCAACAUUAUACGUCAUGCUUGUUUUCUUCUUCACCGCAUUUGCUUACACAAGAAUAUACUUAGUCGCAAGGAAGUUGGCUCGUUCGCAAAACAAACUGCAGGAUGCUGCUGGAGAAAAGAACAUGACAAGAAAGAAGUUGUUUCUUCGAGAAAUUAAACUAGCAAAAUCUUGUUUUAUUGUUGUCGUAUGUUUCUUUCUUCUCUGUUUCUUGCCAAUAACGUUUGUAUUUCCUUUUGAGGCAUACCUCGAUCAAUUUGAAUAUCUAGCAUUUCUAAUCUGGAUUGGUACUCUUGGUCUGUUAAACUCCAGUGUUAACUCGGUGAUAUUCUUUUGGACCAAGACGAUGUUGAGAAAGCAAGCUGUCAAGAUGAUAACUACAGCAUGGGCUUAUGCAAUAUAUUAA